GACAAGUGUGUGUGUAUUGUCUAUGUAAAAGAAAAGAUUAUUUUUUUUUUUUUACAAACAAUCACUCAACACUGAAGAAGAGCAGAAGGAGCCACGUUCGUGGCUCAUGAGUGGCACACUCACAGUUCUCCAGUUGGGGUGGGGCUGUCCAUCAGGUCUAAUACAGUGGUAUUCACACUUUCUGCCAUCAUCAUCUCUAAAGUGCCAGGGAUAAACCGUCGAGUACACCCUGAGUGAUUGAGAUCAUCGUCAAAAAACUAUCGUUAUCGUUACCGUACCUGCACAUUCGCUUUAUAGUAUCGACCAACGCUACAGCGCUAUCGAAAUACCGACGGUAAACGCCAUUGGUACCCGAAAGGUGUAUCGAACCAUUUAUUAGCACGGACACAGGGUACUUCGUACUGACGCUGAUACUCAUACUCCACCGUCAUAAUGCGUCAACAUGGCCGAUGAUUCUUCUACCGACUCUGCCCUCGAUCCCCGUCUUUUUCCUACUUCUCUCACCGCAAACUCAUCCUCCUCAUCGCUACACCUAAUGCCACGAACCAGAAGACUACGCCUGCUAGUUGCCGCGAAUGGCCAAAGAGAUGUCGCCUACGCCCAGGCUAUCGCCGUGCGCCUGCUUAAGGAUGCCCAGAUCGAAACCCGAGCCCUGGUCGACGAGAUACCAGUUCGGCUAACCCACGAUAUUAUCGUCAUGGAAAAUAGAAGUUUAGCUACGCUGGCCAUCGACGCCGACCAGAGGACUAGAGACGCCAUAGAAUCGGCUAGACAGACUGCCUUCGAACUCGUCGAAUGGGCCGAUCUACUUGUCCUCGCUCCUAUCGAUGCUGACCACCUCGCCAAGAUGAUGUCCGGCAUCGCCGAUACCACCCUUUUAGAAAUACUGAGAGCCUGGGAUGUCUCCAAGAAGAUUCUGCUGGUGCCUGGAAUGUCGGUGCAGAUGUGGGAGAAUCCAAUGACGAAGAAGCAACUGAGCAAAAUCAAGCGCAAGUGGAAUUGGGUCAAGGUCAUGGCUCCCGUAUUGUGGCAUUACGAGGGGCGGAGUGCGCAUAAACGAAUAGUAUCGUGGGAUGGAUUCAAUGACCUGGUUGGAAUAAUCAAGAACCAAGCGGAGCUGAUGAGCUUAGGACACGAUGUGGAAGUUGCCACGCAACAGGCUUCGCAUACAACCAGCACAAGUCGCACUACCAAGACUUUACCGCCCGAGAUAUGGUCCAUCAUAUUCGAACAUGUCGGCGAUUGGGAACUCGCUACGGCUCUUAACAUAUUUACGAACUUAAAGGCACCGCCCGAAUGGAGAACUGAUCGUGCAAGCCUAUCUGAUCCUAUUGAGAUAUACAUACAUGAUCUCGAGUGGUUAAUCCUCUCGUGUCCCGGAACGGAUGCAAUCUGUCAGAAACUCUCCGAAGCGCCUAAGGGGCUUCGCUUUGUGUCUUAUCUGGCAGUAAAGCUGAUCAUCAAAUUUUCGCUUACGGAUGUCCUCACCUACUUAGAAACACAUCUUAGCAAGGUGUUUUGGGCGUCCUUUAGCUCCAAAUUCCUACCCAACAAGGCAUCUGGAGUAUAUGGGCGAACGGAUAUCCUCGAUUGGUGGAAUACGUCCCCUUCGUUUUUGAAAAAAGAAUAUGACGCCGAAGCGUUAGAUAAUGCCUCGCGCAUGGGUUAUGUUCACGUUUUAGAUUGGUGGCUUCGCUCUGGCCUUACGCUUAAGUAUACGGAGGCAGCGCUCGAGUCCGCCUCGGCAAAGGGACAUCUUCUCGUCUUGGAGUGGUGGCGGGAUGCCGCGCUGAAGCACGAUAAUAUCCUGCUUAAACCCGGCCGUAGUCUCCUCACUGCCGCUCAAUAUGGGCAGACGGCAGUACUACGUUGGUGGGAAAGCUCGGGAAUUCCGGCGGCUCAUAGUGAGGGUGUCUGUAAGAUCGCUAGCGCGCACGGACAGACGGCGGUUUUAGACGUAUGGCGAGAGCUCAAAGGGGAUAAGUUGUCAUUUGACUCUCAGGUACUAGUCGCACCGACCAAGCAAGGGUACGUCGAGGUGCUGGAAUGGUGGAAGCAAUACGCCCGGGGUGAGUACCAGGUUGACGGAAGAACGCACCGGGUAGAAUACAAGACUUGUGAUAUCGAGGAGGCGCUCGAGGAUGCUAUCGGAGAUCCUAGGCCAGUCCGCAGAUGGUGGGCUCGAAAUGGCUUGAACCUAGGACUAGGCACGAACGAGUGGAUGAAGAUCAGAAGGCUAUAACUGGUGAGCAAAUGUGCCUAAGUUUGGCAAUUCGAGUGUAUAUGUAUGAUCGAAUAUAUGUUGAUAAUAUACUAAAUAUCCUCAAACACUUAAGUGGCGUGAGAUCACUCCAAGCUUUGAUCAUUUUGGGCAUUUAGGGUAUAGAAGCUUCAAUCCCAUGUGCUUAUAGAAUCUGUGAGUGGUAAUACCACUCAUGGUCAGAUAGACUGUAAUAGCAAUUGUGCUAUCAAGAAA